CAUGGCGAAGCGCUGCACCAGCCCGGCUUCUCUGGCCGUGUUUGCGGUGAUUUCGUCCGUUUUAGUCGCUUUUUAUGUCACCGGUUCGGGCGUAACGUGUCCGGUCGUGUCUCUGGCCGUUGUGACCGGACUGGUGUCGCUGCUGUGGUGGUUGCGGUGGCUGCGGUGGCGGCGGGACGACCGGACCGACCGGCGGGUGUGCGUGCUGGUGUUGGGGGAUUUGGGUCGCAGUCCUCGGAUGCAGUAUCACGCUCUGUCCCUCAGCAAACACGGGUACCAUGUUACGUUUGUCGGGUUUCUAGAAACGAAACCUCGUGAAGACGUUCUGAGAGAAGAGAAGAUAAAGAUGGAGCCCAUCACAGAAGUGAGAGGUGUUCCAGUCGGUCCAAAGGUCUUCAGAUACGUGACGAAGGUGAUUCUUCAGAGUCUUCAGCUCCUUCAUGUGCUGCUGAAGAUGGAGACUCAGUCUCAUAUACUGAUGCAGAAUCCUCCUGGGCUGCCCAGCAUCGCUGUGGCUUGGCUCGUGUGCGUCGUGCGAGGCAGCAGAUUCGUCAUCGACUGGCACAACUACGGCUUCACCGUCAUGGCGCUGAGCCUCGGAGAGACGCCGCUGGUCCGGCUGGCUCGGUGGUACGAGCACGUCUUCGGUCCUCUGGCCGCUCACCACCUGUGUGUUACCACCGCGAUGAAGGACGACUUGCAGAAAAACUGGGGCAUCCGGGCGACGACUCUGUACGACCGGCCGGCCUCCAUCUUCAGAGAGACUCCUCUGAAGCUGCAGCAUGAGCUCUUCUUCAGACUCGCCAACACUCAUCCUCAGUUCCAGAGCAGCCGGUGUGAGGAUGAAGAGGAAGAGGAGGAGGAGGAGAGGACCGUUUUCUCAGUCCGUGACCCCACUGAUGACACGGUGACGUUGAGGGCAGAGCGACCGGCGCUGCUGCUCAGCAGCACCAGCUGGACGGGUGAGCGGAGACAUAACAGAAUAAAACAUUACAGAACCAACGAGAGACAUCACGACGACUACGUCACGUCUCACAAACAGUCUGAACCUCCAACAAACCAAACUGCUGCUUUGCACAAAGUCACAGAACAUGUUGGCGAGAACAUCGUCGCAGCAUUUACAGCAGCAAGUUCCUCUUUGUCUUUCUCAUCCUGUCUCGUGUCCCCACAGAGGACGAGGACUUCUCCGUCCUCCUGGAGGCUCUUGAAGGUACGAGAGCUUCGUCAAACUGCUGCUGUUGAACACGGAGCUUUGAACGUGUUUCUCAUCAGCUUGUUUUGUUCUCAACAGAAUACGAAGGUUUCAUUAAAGGAGGAGCUUCUCUGCCGUCUCUCGUCUGUGUGAUCACAGGUAAAGGUCCUCAGAAGGGUCACUACAGGAAGCUGAUUGACUCUCUGCAUCUGGAGCAUGUGGAGAUCUGCACUCCCUGGCUGGAGGC